AUGAUGGGCAAAGAUGGAGCCGGCAUUAAAUUUUCAAUGGAAGCAGUAUUGGCUUUGACUUUUCAGAAGCCUUAUCUGUUAGAUGGUGUUUGUCACUGGGCCGCGGAGCUGUGGAUGUUCGUCAGUUGGAAGUUGCAGGCAGUUGAACGAUAUGGACAGGUGAAGGCUCCGUGGGGACUGGCCCAGCUCGCGGAGAGCUGGAGGGGGACCACAUCACAGACAAUGCUAUGUUUGCAGGCAGAUACUGCGUUUGCCUUUGAAUUUUUCCCACCAGACACUGGACACAAGAGGUGUCCUUUUGGUGAUGAGCAGAUACGAGUUGAUUUAACCAUCAGCUUUAAAUUGCUUCUUAGCCUUGUGCAAGCCAGAGAGUUGAGAGCUGACAAACCUUCCGUGGUAAGGGGUGAGCAUCCUUGGGAAGCCACAGAGAGCAAGGCGCAGGUUUUCAUUGAUCACCACCAUCAAGAUGCUCCCAGAAUCGUGCUGUCUAGGAAACCAUUUAAACUGGUGAGAAGCCAUCCUCUCUUGAAUGGGGGCUCCCACUGUACAUCUGGCACCCACUUCACAGACAAUCCCGGCAGAUGUGGGCUGAACUCAGAUCGGCGGGAGCGCCGGUCUGCAAUCUGCAAACAUUUUUCUUGCCACUUUGUUUCAUUUUUCCUAAACUUAACUGAUUUGGAAUCUGGAGAUAUAAAUGAAAAAUGCCGAGUCGGCCUAUCAAUCACGGCAUGCACAAACAUCGCCACUGCCCUUCCUAACAUCCUAUUACCACUGGGUAGUUGGCUAGUCAAACAGGAAUAAAAAUUACACUGCAAACAUC